AUGGGCGGCAGGCGGGGCCCAAGAGAAGCCUGGGGAGAAGGGCCUUCACGGGAUUGGCUAGGAGGCGACAAGAGGCGGGGCCAUAAAGGAGACAGGCGGCACCCAAGCGACUUCCGCUUCCUCCUUCGCUCCUCGCGGCUCCGCCAUCAGACCGGCCCGGACCCCUGCCGACUUCGGAUGCUCGGGGCCUUCUCGGCUCCGCCACGUACGCGGCCGCUGCCAGUGCCCAAGCCCUGCGUCCCGGGCCGGGAUUGGGAGGUGGCUCCUGAAACCAAGGAGUCAUCCCCAAAGCUGGGCUUCUCUAUGGAACAGUCAGCCCAGGAAAUACUCACAUGGGAUCGUCCCUGUGUUUCUAGUUUGGGAGAAACUUCAGAAUGUGAUGCCAGACUAGAGAAGCAGCCCAGGAAAGUAGUGAGACAUCCCAGACUUGGUCCUGGAGAGAAACCCUAUAAAUGUAAUGAAUGCGGAAAGGCCUUCCGACAAAGCUCACAACUUAUUGUACAUCACAGAAUUCACACUGGUGAGAAACCUUAUGAAUGUAAUGAAUGUGGGAAGGCCUUUCGUGAGAGCAAAGAACUUAUUCGACACCAGAGAAUUCACACUGGAGAGAAACCAUAUGAAUGCAAAGAAUGUGGGAAGGGCUUCAGAGAGAGCAAAGAACUUACUCGACAUCAGAGGAUUCAUACCGGAGAAAAACCUUAUGAAUGUAAAGACUGUGGGAAAGCCUUCAGGCGGAGAACUGGACUUAAUGAACAUCAGAGAAUUCAUACUGGGGAGAAACCUUAUGAAUGUAAUGAAUGUGGGAAGGCCUUCAGACGGAGAACUGGACUUAAUGAACAUCAGAGAAUUCAUACUGGAGAAAAACCUUAUGAAUGUAAUGAAUGUGGGAAGGCUUUCCGUGAGAGCAAAGAACUUAUUCAGCACCAGAGAAUUCACACAGGGGAGAAACCUUAUGAAUGUAAAGAAUGUGGGAAGGCUUUCAGACGGAGCACAGGACUUACUGAUCAUCAGAGAAUUCAUACUGGAGAGAAACCUUAUGAAUGCAAUCAAUGUGGCAAGACCUUCCGCUGGAGAACAGAACUUACUUCCCAUCACACAAUUCAUACUGGAGAGAAACCAUAUGAAUGUAGCGAAUGUGGGAAGGCCUUCCGCCUGAGUGCCCAUCUUAUUCAACAUCGGAGUAUUCACACUGGUGAGAAACCUUAUGAGUGUAAUGUUUGUGGGAAAGCCUUCCGGUGGAUCACAGGACUUGCUUCCCAUCACAGAAUUCAUACAGGAGAGAAACCCUAUGAAUGUAACAUAUGUGGAAAGACCUUCCGCCAGAGUACACAACUUUCUAGACAUCAUAGAAUGCAUACUGGAGAGAAACCCUAUGAAUGUACUGAAUGUGGAAAGGCCUUCUGCCUGAGCACACAACUUAUUCAACACCAGAGAAUCCAUAACAGAAUGAAGCCUUUUGAAUGGUAGGGCCUCAGGAAGGUGUGGUUGACACAGAGAGCACUCACUGAAAUUUGGAGAAUUCCAACUAAAGUGAAACUGUAAAGAUCAAAUCCCGGGCAAGUUUCCCACAAUGGCUAUGACCUCAGCCUUCAGAAGUCAGUCACUUGCCACUUCCCUUCUCCCACCCCUACAAGGAGACAUAAAAGUUACUUAUUCAGAAAAUUGUGGGGACCUGACCAGAACUUGUUCCCACAGCUCUGCUCCUUCAGAAUUGUGUGAGUCAUUGCCUGCUCUCUUUUCCUUCCUCCGAGUCUCAGAAGGAUGGGUACCACUGCUUGCUAAGACUCAGUCCUCUGCCUGGACGUUUGGUCUCAGCUCCUCUCCCCUGUUCUCAGAGUCUCACUGCAGUGGUCAUUUCCCUUGGGCAUUUUCAGCCCAUAACUCUUUACUGACUCCAUACUGCUCCUUAUAAACAUGUCCAUGUCUCGCCAGUACUUUGUUUUGAAAGGCUGCCCUGCAUUCUAUUACAAUCAUUCUAUUAAACCCUUCUCAGAAGUCAGCAGCUUUCUCUGAUCACCAAAUCCAAUGGUCUUUUUUUCAUUCCUUUUCCUCUUGGAAGUUUUGAGGUUGAUGAGUCCCCUUCUCCCUGACAGCACUUGGGUCUCUCCCACAGGAUCCAGCUCUUUUUUUUCUGUCUCCAUUGGCUCACUUCUCUCCUCUGGUGAAAGUCUUAUUUUGUCCUUUUAUGAAAUCCAAGGGCUGGAAGAGCCCUCUCAGGAGCAGCAAAAGCCAGGAGCUAGAGGAAAAGCUAGGGCAUGAUGGGUUUGGGCAGUGGAAGGAUCAGUACAAUCCCUCUUCUGCUCCCCUUGCUCUCCAGCACUUCUAAAAGCCAACUGGCUAGCUCCAGCUUUAUCCUGAGGAAGGAUGGCUUUAUUAUUUUUCAAAAGCAUUUCAUCUCAAGGGAUGUAGGAAGAGAGAUGGCAUGAUACUUCUUUUAGUGGAAACUUAGACUGGACUCUCUAGACUCCAGCAGGAAGUGAGGCCACCCUCCAGGAGUCUUCCAGAGGGUCAAAACUAUCAGCGAUCAGGUUCAGGUAACCAGGAUGUCAGUGGAAGCACUGAUGUGCAAGUGAAAUAAGACUCAUCAGGGUGACAAGAAAACUGGACUGGCCGUUGUAGGACAAUGCAGUGGAUGAUGGUGAUAUUUUAAAGGGAGGGAGGGGCAAACAAACAGAGGUGAGAUGUCCUGGGUCAUCGUUGGAGAGACCUGGGGACCUGUGAGUAUGAAGGGGAGAAGGAAGGAGUGAGAAAGGUGCCUUACUUACUGAAUAAUAAAUCCUCUCAAAGAAGGGGGAUUUUAGUGAGAGUGUGUGUGUGUGUGUGUGUGUGUGUGUGUGUGUGUGUGUAUGUAUCUGUAUGUAUUUCCUCAUAGCUACUGGCCAGAGCUACGUGGAGUAUUAUUCUCUGGUCCCAGUGGCCUGGACUGACUCAGUGUCAGAGAGCAGCCAGUUCCAAGGCUUUGAGCGUCCUCUUAAAGCCGAAGACCCUUGGACUCCAGCCCUGACUGCCUUGGAGCACUAGCUGGCUACAGGGCAUCUCAUGUAACCUGGUGUGUGCCAGGGGCACCACCCUUCACCUUCCCUUCCGGGUUCAGACCUCGGUGCUAUUUUUACCUCUUCUUUUCUGACCUGUUAUGGAGUCCUUUCUAUUCUACCUCUGUGGUCUCUCUUACACAUGACCUUUCCUGCUCACCUGGCCACUCCCUUCCUCAGCGCCUGUUUGGAUUAUGCAGUUUCCACUUCACAGGUCGUCUUCCCUGGCCUGCCUUCUCUCUCUACUGCCACUUGGAUGUUCCUAGUGACCUCAUCAUGUGACAUGUACUCUGAAAUCAUUGACGAUUCCCUGUUGCCUGCAGAAUAAUUGUCAAACCCCUUUUGACUGGCAUUUAAGGUCUUCCCAAAUCUAGUGCCAAGCAACCUUCCCAAGUUUGCCUGUUCCCCUUGACUUCCUUUGUGGUCUAGCCCUACUGGAUUGGUUGCUAUCCCACAAACACACCCUCAACUUUUGGGCUGCUUUGCUUUUGCUUGUGGUGCUUUCUAUGCCUGGACCAUAGUCUCCUCCCUUCCACCUACUGAAUUCUUGCAGGUCCUUCAAAGCCAAACUUGGAUGUCACUCUCCUUCUCCCUGCCCUCCCUCACACCUUACAUAGCACUUUGUUUCUACUUACGUGUUCUUUUGUCUUGUAGUCACUUCUGUCCUUGUCAAAUCCAUGAGGAGAGGGCCUGUGUUUUAUUUAACCUUUGUGUGUCCCUAGGCUCUUGCACAAGGCUUGGUACUCAGUUAAUGAAUAAUAAAUGUUGAUUGACUUGACUUGACUAUGAAGCAGGUUUUACUAUAGGGUGCACCUUACUGAACAUCAUUGAAUGUGUAGUGCGAGGUAACCUGGAAAUGGGUCCCAUGCCCCUUUUGGGUGCCUGCUCAGCCUUGACUUUUUAAGUGCUUCAUACUCCACAUCGGUUCCCUCUGCCUCCAUAAAAGGCGCCAGCCACUCAGUGUGUCAUAACGUAGAGCACUUUCAUCUUAGAAUAAAGGAAUUUUCUACUCUGUAACUUCCCCAGGAGUAUUUUCCACAUGAAAGUUAUAAGUUCCCAAUGAGCUUAUAAUUGGCAGGUGCUCAGAUAACAUGGCAGCGAUGUGUUAGUCUGGGCUCAGAGCCCUGUGUGCAGGUCACAUAACAGUAAUAUUUACAUUCUUGCUCCCAUUUCAUCCAAGCUUGCUAGCUAGCCUGACACCUGGGGCAGUGGGGGUGGGAGAUAAGGGAAGAGGGAGUCUGUUAUACAGACACGGGUGGUAAUAGGCCUGCUAGCUAAUUAGGGAAAAUUUUCGGUAGCCGAAAUCUCAAGCAGGAUAUACACUCCAAUCACAUUGGGCAUCUGGAUCAUUUUUUCAUGUUUAAGUUGUCCUGAGAUAAGGAUAAAGAAAAGGGUAUUUAUAGCUGUGGUCUUCCAUUCAGGGAACAUCUCUUCCCAAACUACCUUCACUUAGGGGAUGGUUGAGGUGGUCUGGAAAGAAGGAACAAGAGGUGAUUUUGGAGAAAGUGGGAGUGGGGGAGAUCUGUGGAGGAAUCUGGACACCCCAGGGUAGGCUGUCACAGUGAGCGUUUUGCAGCCCUACUUCAGUGCUUCUCCCUGAAGGAUGGAAGAAUUGCCUUAAAGGCUCUUAGCAAACCUUGGCCAUGUGAAUGAGCAGGUCUUGAAACAGCACAAAUUAUCAAAAAGCACCGGAAAAUUGUUUAAAUUCUCAUCAGAAAUGUAAACAACUCAAUUAUACAACAUUGGGCUCUACAAAGCACUUUCACAGACUCAAGCCUUUCAAGGUCCCCGAGGCCAUCCUGAGCUGUCUGUAAACAAGACUCUCCCUUCAAUGCAACUGACAAAUGUUCUUCCAUCGUUUGCUUCGAGAUCUACAGUGAACUCUGAGACUUUACCCCCAUCAUAUCGACAAAGAUGACCAAAAAAAAGCGGCAUAUGGUGGAGACAGAGGAUGUGGAAGGAAUGGCAAGCACAGUAAUGUUGGUCACUGUUGGUCCAAAUGUUUGGAAAGGCAACUCGGAUUCUACCGAAAAGGCCUGUAAUUACCAGUAGGUAUAUGCCUCGAGGGGAUCAAAGAUCUUUAAGGCUCCUAGCACUUUCCAAAGACUGAAACAGAGUUUGUGCUCAUCAUUUAGGGGAUGACAAUGAAGAGGCAGCCUCAUGUAGCAGAUAGCCAUCCUUGGAGUCAAGAAGGCCUGGGUUCAAGUCCCACUUCUGCCUGGUUACUGGCCGUGGGACCCUGGGCAAGUCCUUUUGCCUCUGAGUGCCUGAGGCAAUACUCCAAGACUACAGUGUAGCUGCCUUGGUAAAGGCAUUGUCCUCACUGCGGUUCCAUACACCUGGGAAACCCCAGGUUCAAUUCCAUUCCAAGAAAUGACAAAUCUUUAGAAGAGCCUUCAAAGAUGUGUCUGAACUGGUGCUGAGUGAAGUAAGCAGAAACAAGAGACAGGCAAACUCAGACCGUGGUAUUGUCAAGGAGCUGCAUUAAAGACUUCGAUUCUGACCAAGCUUUGCCUAGUUACGGCUUUAGAGGCCUCUGACAGACCAGAGGUCGGGAAGAAGCAGCAGCCACAUGUUUCCAGCUCUGGUCACUGUGCUUUGUCGUCUUGGCUGCAUUUAUUUAUUAGGAGGGAUGCUUCUGUUGUUGGUGGGAAGAGGGGGUGGGUGGGA